UCCAAACACAAAUUACUAGUACUCCACUCUUUCAUAAAUGGACUAGACUGACUUUCUAAUGGAGGUCGAGGCUUCAGAGCAAUGUGGCAAUUUUGAAGUGAACUUCACUGGAAAAAGCAUUGUCAGAGCUGCAAAUCCCAGCUUGCCAGGGCCUCAUAUCCUCACUCUCUCAAAUCUUGACCUUCUUUCUGGCCGUUUUCCUGUAACAUACUUCUACUUCUACCGCAAACCCCUUGUCAGUAACUUUACUCCUAGUACUAUUGUUGACAUUCUCAAGAGCUCCCUUUCUGAAACUCUCAAUAACUUCUACCCCUUUGCUGGCAGAAUUGUUCAGAAUCCAACUACUUGUGAGCCUGAAAUCAUAUGUGACAAUAAUGGUGCACUAGUUGUAGAAGCAGAAGCAAAUAUCCGUUUGAAAGACAUUGAUUUCUACAACCUUAACCAAACUUUGGAAGGGAAGCUUGUUUCUAUCAACCCCAACUUUCCCCUGCAAAUCCAAGUGACAACUUAUACUUGUGGGGGUAUUUCAAUAACCUUCACUUUCGACCAUGCGCUUGGAGAUGCUAGUGCCUUUGGUAAGUUUCUUGUCUCAUGGUCCGAAGUCGCUCAGAAGAAGCCGAUUUCAUGCAUUCCAGAUCAUAGCAGAAACCUUCGUGCACGUUUCCCUCCUUCAUAUCACCCUUCAUUGGACCAAACCUUUGUCAAAUGCACAAUGGAAGAGAUCACAAACAUACCAACAACCAGAAUCAGGCUCAAGCGUCUGUAUCAUAUCGAUGCAUCGAGCAUUAACACGCUGCAAAAGCUAGCAUGUGUCGACGGCAAUAAGAGAACGAAAAUCGAGGCUUUCUCAGCCUAUGUUUGGAAGGUUAUGGUUAAUGCCAUCGACCAAAGCCAGCAUUCAAAGUGCAAGAUGGGUUGGUUGGUUGAUGGACGUGCUAGAAUGUGCAAAAAUGGAGAUAAGAAUUUCAUGUCAAACUACAUAGGGAAUGUCUUGUCUCUAGCUUUCGCGGAGGCAGAUGUCAUAAAAAUAGAACAAGGUUCUAUCUGUGAAGUUGCCAACAAUGUUCAUGAAGCUAUUUCAAAGGUAACAAAUCAGAAUCAUUUUCUGGAUUUGAUAGACUGGAUAGAGUGCAACAGGCCUGGGUUAAUGCUGUCAAGAGUGGUUUUAGGGCGAGGAGGACCAGCCCUUGUUUUGUCAUCGGGAAGAAGAUUCCCGGUUGCAGAAGUUGAUUUUGGAUUUGGAAGUCCUGUGCUAGGGACAGUGUGCUCUACCAUAGAAAGGAUUGGAGUUGCUUACCUGAACCAGAGGCCAAGUGCUAGGGAUGAUGGCUCUUGGACUGUAUCAGCUAUCUUAUGGCCGGAAUUGGCAGCCGCGUUCGAGUCUGAUUCUAUUUUUCAGCCUAUGUCUGCAUCUCAUCUUCAACUUUGUUAGCAUAAAAAACUUCCUGAAUGUUAUUAUGGAUUGAACGGUAAUUAUAAAAAUAAAUAAAAAAAGA